GGGCAGGGCAGGGCAGGGAGGGCAAAGAAGGGUAAGGAAGCCCUAAGGAUUGAGAGGAAGGGAAGCCAGCAUCUGACAAGAACUAAGACCCAGAAAAGGCAGCCUUGGGUUCUGAAAGGAGCAGGACAAGACAAUGGGAAGGUCUUGGGGUGGGAGGGGGCUCUGAGUGCAGAAAAGCUCCCCUCCCAAUGACUUUGCCUAGAGAAUCCCCUCCCUCUGGUUCUUUUGUCAGUUCCCUGCCAACCUGGGGCACAAGGAGGAAGCUACAGGUCAGGAGAGGUGACUGGGAGUUCGUGAUGAAGGGAAAUCCAAGAAUCCAGCUGUCUCAUUGUUUUCACACUCAUCGCUGGGGAGGAAUUUCUAGAAUCUGAAGUGACUCACUUAAUGAAUCAGUUGGGAGCGGGUGAGGAGGCUCGACUCACCCCAAAUCUCUGAGCGCGGCCCAGGGAUUGGGAUUGAGCCUGAGACAGGGUCAUAUUGGAUCCAGGGUUGGGUGUCAACAAAAAGGAACCUCAGAAUGGGACCUUUGCCUCCUCCUCCCCUCUCAUCAUUAUAUCUCCCAGGCAUUGGAGGGACAUUCCAUCUAGGCCCCCGUGGAAGAGUGCUAGACCUUGUGUAUGUUGAAUGAAGACUCAGUAGAAUCUCCCUGAGACCAGAAGGCAUGAGGCAGCUCCAAACCCUGGCCCUCUUCUUUUUCCUCCUUCGGUUUGGCACAGAGGAGGCCGAGUCAACUAGAGCUUGCGGUCAGCCUCAAAUGCUGAACCGAAUGGUAGGAGGCCAGAAUGCCCAAGAGGGGGAAUGGCCCUGGCAGGUCAGUAUCCAGAGGAAUGGGACCCACUUCUGUGGAGGAAGCCUCAUAACGGAUCAGUGGGUGAUGACAGCAGCUCAUUGCUUCUCUAAUACCUCGGAAACUUUCCUGUACAAGGUUCUACUAGGGGCCCGGCAGCUGGUGAAUCCUGGGCCUCAUGCCAUGUACGCUCGAGUAAAGAGAGUGGAAAGCAAUCCCCAGUAUCAGGGCAUGGCCUCCAGUGCUGAUGUGGCCCUGGUCCAGCUGGAGGCUCCGGUGACCUUCACCGGCCACAUCCUGCCUGUGUGCAUUCCCAGCCCUGAGGUCAAGUUUGAGGCAGGGAUGAACUGUUGGGUCACAGGCUGGGGCAGUCCCAGUGAGCAAGAUAACCUGCCCAGCCCCCAAAUUCUACAGAAGUUGGCAGUGCCCAUCAUUGACCGACAGAAGUGCAACAUCCUCUAUAACAAAGACUCAGAGCAUGGAGUGCUACCCAAAACCAUCCAAGAUGACAUGCUGUGUGCUGGUUAUGCAGAGGGGAAGAAAGAUGCCUGCAAGGGUGACUCCGGGGGACCCCUGGUAUGCCGCAUUGGUGAUUCUUGGCUCCAGGCUGGAGUGAUCAGCUGGGGAGAAGGCUGCGCCCGCCGCAACCGCCCAGGAGUUUACAUCCGAGUGGCUUCCCACCAUGCCUGGAUCCACAGGAUCAUCCCAGAACUGCAGUUCAAGUCUGGCUCUGACAGGAAGAGGGGGCCCCGGGGCCAAGAGACCUCUGAACUAAGUUUUGCUCCCGGCUUGGCUGCCCACACCCUACUCCUCGGCCUCACUAUUCUGCUCACCUUUUGAGCCGAACCAGACCCACCCGGGCCAAGGCAGAGGCCUGAGGAUAGAGGCUCUGGCCACUCCAUUGCCUGUCCAUGCUUUAGGCCCUUCAGUCCAUGGGAAUGUGAACUGAAAGGGAAUCUGUCUGGAAACUUCAGAGCCCAGACACUGAGGCUAGUGAAAAGGAGCCCAUUCCUAUUCUAAUGGGAGUAUGCUUCCUAAGGGCAGGCUGGCACUGCAGGGAGUACCCAGGGUACCAUCUUCCCUUCACAAGCCAACACUGUAUAUUUGUAAACAUCCCUUCUGUUCCUCAUAAGCCUAUUUUUAUUAUAUUCACCCAUCAAUAAAGCCUACACUCCCCA